AUGCUAUGUACACAUAAGCACCCACAUACAUUAUUGCAUAUACCCAUAAUCAUAUCUAUCUAUCUAUCUAUCUAUCUAUCUAUCUAUCUAUCUAUCUAUCUAUCUAUCUAUCUAUCUAUCUAUCUAUCCAGCUCCCUCCUUUUCAUAUCUAUCUAUCUAUCUAUCUAUCUAUCUAUCUAUCUAUCUAUCUAUCUAUCUAUCUUUACGGUGGAUACAUCACGCCUUCUUUUUGUUCUGCUCCUCCUCCUUCUACUUAUCCUCGUUUUCUUCUUCUUCUUCUUCCCCUCCCUCUUCUUCUUCCCCUCCCCCUUCUUCUUCUUCUUCUUCCCCUCCCCCUUCUUCUUCUUCUUCUUGACUUUUCCUCCAGCUGUACAUAAGAAUCUAUCUAUCUAUCUAUCUAUCUAUCUAUCUAUCUAUCUAUCUAUCUAUCUAUCUCAUUCUGUUCAGAUCUAUCUAUCUAUCUAUCUAUCUAUCUAUCUAUCUAUCUAUCUAUCUAUCUAUCUAUCUAUCUCAGUGUUUCUCUUUUCUUCUCUCUCCACUACUAAGCCUCCUUCUCUCUGUGUAUCUCUCUGUGUCUCUCUAUCUAUCACAGCAUUUCUCUUUUCAUCUUUCUCUUUCAAGCCCCUCUCCUUAUCUAUCUAUCUAUCUAUCUAUCUAUCUAUCUAUCUAUCUAUCUAUCUAUCUCCCCUCUCUCUAUCUAUCUAUCUAUCUAUCUAUCUAUCUAUCUAUCUAUCUAUUACAGUGCCUCUCUUUUCUUCUCUCUCUACUACUAAUCUAUGUACAAGCUUCAUUCUCUGUGUGACUGUCCCCCUCCUUAUCUAUCUAUCUAUCUAUCUAUCUAUCUAUCUAUCUAUCUAUCUAUCUAUCUAUCUCACCUCUCCCUAUCUAUCUAUCUAUCUAUCUAUCUAUCUAUCUAUCUAUCUAUCUAUCUAUCUAUCUAUCUCAGUGUUUCUCUUUUCUUCUCUCUCUACUAAUAAUCUUUCUACAAGCCUCUCCCUAUCUAUCUAUCUAUCUAUCUAUCUAUCUAUCUAUCUAUCUAUCUAUCUAUCUAUCUAUCUAUCAUGGCCUUGUUGGAAUCAUUAUUCCGUCAUUUUGAUUCUAAUGUCCGAUGAAAGAAUGAAACGAUAUGCAAUCGCAGCCUACACGGCAAUAAGCAUAACGUCAGCCACAAGAGCACUUCUACCAUUCUCACAUAUCUUCAUAUUUCCUGAAAGCGCCAAGAAGCAGUCAUCAAUGUGUCCUUGA